AUGGAGAGUUUAUUUACGAAGGGCUGGUUUAACAAAUGUGAACAUGAGUGGGCGAAAAGUUUGACGGAUGUGCCCGACCUAGACAGUGAGAAAUUAAAACAUUAUUUAAUCGAAAGCAGGGACAAAUCUUUCGACAGGGACAGUGUUCGCGCCUACAAGUCGUUGAAGGCUUUCAAAUAUUUUGAGGAGGGAUUCGUCCAAAAGUUGCUUUAUGCCAAGUUUUUAGACGGUGAAAAGGAACUAUAUUUGAUCAGUUCACGUGUGCUGGCUUCGUACCAGGGGAAGUCGUACCAGACGUAUGUUGCGCUGGACAGACUGACCACCAUCCCAGUUGGGGGAGCCUGUGAAUGUGUUGCUGGAUUGGAUGAAGCAUGCCGCCAUAUUGGCGCGGUGCUAUUUGCAGUUGAGGAUUUUGUUGCGAAGGGCCUAAACAAGUUGUCUUGCACAGAUGAGAUCUGCAAAUGGAACGCUCCAUCCAGGCAAAAUGUUGAGCCAACCAGUAUUCACAACAUCAGAAUUGUAAAACAGGAACAUGGCAAAGUUCUUAAGGCACGAGAGACGUUUGACUGCUCUGGAUACGAUCCAAGGAACCCAGAUGACAGAGUUGUUGACGUGGAUAGGAAGAAGACACUGACUGAAAUCUUGAAGAGACAUAAUAGCACAUGCAACUUCCUUCGGUAUGCAGAUGCAACAAAUACACUCACUCAGAAGUCAGAAGUUUCCAUUGACAAUAGUGAAGACAUUCCAUUGAUAAAUUGCUGUCCUCCAUCAUUGGAUGAAAUUAACACUGCAUGUUCUAUCUUCAAAAAUAAGCUUUGUGUAAGUGAUGAAGAGAGGCAUAAGCUUGAGCGACAAACAAUAGGUCAGUCUGACAGUAAGAAGUGGAAGGAUGCCAGGCGUUAUCGAUUGACUACUUCAAACUUCCAUAUAAUUUUCAGACGAAAAGCAAAAACCAGCCCAAAAGCCACUGUAGAUUCCUUGUUGUAUAAGCAGACCAAACAGACAAGUGCCAUGGCAUUUGGUUUGCAGCAAGAGGAUUUGGCUGCAAAGCGGUAUUGUAAGAAAACUGGUGCCAAGGUUGUUAAGAAGGGCCUCGUGGUGGACAGUGAGUACCCUUAUCUGGGGGCCUCUGUGGACAGGGUUAAUGUUUCAGAAAACAAAAUCGUUGAAAUAAAGAACCCUUCAUCAACUUGGGGAAUGACAAUGGCCGAGGCUGCAAAGAAACUGAAGUGUCUCAAGCACAAUGAGAAUGAUGACAUAGUUCUGAAUCCAAGUCAUGAAUAUUACACGCAGAUCCAGGGCCAGAUGGGUAUUCUUGGAAUCCCUAAAUGUGACUUUGUUAUCUGCACAAAGGAGGAUAUUCUGAUUCAUGAAGUUACAUUUGACUGCAUAUUCUGGGAAGAUUGUAAAAGAAAGUUUGUUACAUUCUAUGAAAAUAUUAUGGUCCCAGAAGUUGUCUUCCCCAAAUGA